UCCCUCUCUCACGCGUCUUUCUUCUCCUUCCGCGUCCCUGCCACCUUUCUUUCCUCCCCCCCUCCUCUUUUUCUCGACCGCCACCGGCGAAAAUUACUGGAACAAAAAAAAUCGCCAGAGCUUCUCCAGGUGGUCUUCUUGAUUCAGGAGGAUUCCCUGGUCAACAGCCAUAUGGAUUUAUAAUUUGAGGCUUGUGAAUGCUAUAAGCUGGUCCAAUCGAAAAGGAAAGCCGUCCAAGAUUAGAUUUUCCUUUGAAGGAGAAAAGAUUGUUUCUUAGCGCAUUUCUGGAUUUUGGUGGGGUUUCAAGGCGCUCUUCCAUCAUUUUGCGUAAAAAAGAUCAAAAAGAUCGUUUCUUGGGAGCCUUAUCUGGACUUUGGCUGGAUUCUUAGGGUUAACUGGGAGAGAGAUUUUGAUUGGGCUGCUAGCUUUUGGAGCUGAUUCGAGGACGGCAAUCGAUGAGAUGAGAAGGGAAAGAGGUGGGACUCGGUUGGAAGAUCGAAGCAAGAAAUGAUAAUGGGUUUCAGGAAGCACGGAUUCGCCGUCGUUUGCGUGAUCUUGUUUCAUGUUCUUGUGCCGAGAGGAUCGGCGGGCAGGCAGCGGCUGUUCUUGGGUUUGAGAGAUUUUUCUUUGGUGCAGGCGUCUCCGGAUAUAAAUGAAGAUGCGGUGGAACAAAUGUGGCUUGAUUGUGGUAUAGAUAUGAAAGUCAUAAAAGAACUUGUGACAAGCUUUGAUGACUCAUUUACCAAAGGCAGCAUACCGGAAGCCAUCUCUCUUCUUCCCCCAGAAAUUAAGGACACCUUUCUAAAUUGUUUGAGCAGGCAAAACUUCCAGUGGCCUGUCUCCAAAGAGAACAGUCUGCGAAAUUGGCAUGCCUUUUAUUUUGAGUCAUCAGGCUGGCAUCCUGUUUCAAGAAGGUGUUUGGCUGAUCAACCUUCUCCAACUGCAUCACCCGCAUUGGCACCAUCUCCAGCUCUUUUAACAUCUCUAUCCCCAGGCCCUGGAGUUGAAGCACCUGGUUAUGGUCCAGCACCAUUCUCUGUUCCCACACCAUCAUCUGUUCCGGCACCUGCAAGGCCAGCACCUCCUAAUCGAUUCUUCCAAGAUGUUGCUCCUGGUGGCCAAUCUCCUCCACUAUUUGAAUUUAGUCCCCAGGCAGCUUCAGUUGUAUCUGCAGAGAAGGAAAACAGCAGUAAAAUGUCAGUUGUUAUUGCUGUUGUUCUAACAGCAGCUGGGACAUCUUUUCUUGCAGUAGGCAUCUUUAUUUGCUAUAACAGAUGCCGAAGAAACAAAGGCUACUCAAGAUACAGCCAAAGGGAUGAUAGGCCGCUUUUGAGUUUAAGUUUGAGCGACUUCUCUGGUUCUUCAAAGAAGUCUUCAGGCCGAGGAAAUCCGAUUGACCCAAAUAAGUUGGGGGCUUUGCCUUUAAAAAUUGAUCCUAGCCAAAAUGACCAUGUCUCAUCUUUACAUAUAAGCUCAGCUAAAGCUCCAGCAUCUGAAGUGCGCUCAGUAAUUUCCAACUUGUCCACCGAGGCUUUUAAUGCACCAUGCAAUACUCCACCCAAACCACCACCUCCUCCACCCAUGCCUCCUGUUCUGAAGGCUGCUCCCUCCCCUCCUGCUCCACCACCUCCACCACCCAAUAAAAAGACUGGUGCACCCCCUCCACCACCACCAAAAGCUGUUUUACCUCCUCGUCCGCCAUUAGCAAGAGUGCAUCAGCCACCAUCAGCUGGGCCAAAACCACCUCCUGGCUCGCCAUUUGGUGUGAAUGCUGACAGUAAUGCACCAAAAACCAAGCUGAAGCCAUUCUUCUGGGACAAAGUUCUUGCAAACCCUGAUCAGUCGAUGGUCUGGGAUCAGAUUAAAUCGGGUUCCUUCCAGUUCAAUGAGGAGAUGAUAGAAAGUCUAUUUGGUUACAGCUCUGCUGAUAAGCACAAGAGGGAAGGAAGGGAGUCAUUACUCAAAGAUCCAUCUCCUCAAUAUGUUCGAAUUCUUGAUCCAAAAAAGUCACAGAAUUUAGCAAUUUCAUUAAAGGCACUGAGUGUGAGAACUGAAGAAGUUUGUGAUGCACUUAUGGAAGGAAAUGAGCUUCCUACGGAGUUAAUCCAGACAUUGCUGAAAAUGGCUCCUACUGCUGAUGAAGAGCUUCGGCUCAGACUAUAUACUGGCGAUCAUGCCCAACUUGGACCUGCAGAACAGUUCAUAAAGGCGCUGGUGGACAUCCCUUUUGCUUACCAACGGUUAGAUGCAUUGCUUUUCAUGUCUUCUCUACCUGAGGAAGCCUUGAGCAUUAAGGAAUCAUUUUCAACAUUAGAGAUAGCUUGUACGGAGCUCAGAAAUAGUCGCCUAUUUUUAAAGCUAUUAGAAGCUGUUCUUAAAACUGGCAAUCGCAUGAAUGAUGGUACCUACCGUGGAGGAGCACAAGCCUUCAAACUCGACACACUCCUGAAGCUGGCAGAUGUCAAAGGAACUGAUGGGAAGACAACAUUGUUGCAUUUCGUUGUCCAAGAGAUUAUCAGAUCUGAAGGUGUGCGUGCUGUUCGUCUGGCCAGGGAGCAGAGUGGGAGCAUCUCCAGCAUGAACUCAGAUGAUUUUAUUGAUGAUGCUUACCAAGAUUCUGAAGACCAUUACCGUAAACUUGGCCUUAAAGUUGUUUCAGUUUUAGGCGAACAACUUGAGAAUGUCAAGAAGGCAGCAAGUUUGGAUGCCGAUGCUUUAACCAGUGCAGUGGCAAGUCUUGGCCAUAGGCUGGUGAAAACAAAAGAGUUCCUGAAUACAUGCAUGAAGAGCAUGGAAGAGGAAAGUGGGUUUCACAGCUCACUAAAGUGCUUUGUAGAGCAAGCUGAAGCUGGUGUCACUUCCAUACUGGAGGAAGAAAAGAGAAUAAGAUCAUUGGUGAAGACCACAGUUGAUUAUUUCCAUGGAAGUGCCGGGAAGGAGGAGGGAUUGCGUCUGUUUGUGAUUAUCCGGGAUUUCCUUGGUAUGGUAGACAAGGCAUGCAAAGAAGUGAGAGAAUUACCAAAGAAAGUAACAAAAACACCAAGUAGAGAAACAGCAACGCCUUCACCUAUGCGAGAUCCACGACCAGAUCCAAGACAGCUGCUUUUUCCAGCAAUAAAGGAUCGACGGGUUGAUAGUUCCAGUUCUGAUGAUGAUGAGAGCUAACUUUAGAUGCGGAGGAGUUCUUCAGGACACCGAAAAAUACCGGCAUAUGAUUUGUUAAUUGGCAUGCGCAUUCCCAUUCAGCAUGGUGUUGUCUAUAAACUUGAAUCUGUCUAUCAUUUCUGGCCAGAACAUAUGAACCACAAGAAAGAUUAUUGGAGUUACUAAGGAUUGCCGCAUGCACCAUCAGUAAGUGACGCAGAUGCAUGAUACCUGGGAUUCAUUCUCUUGGACGGAUCCUACAUAAGGGCCAUCUAAUGCAUAAGAAAACUUGAUGGAUUGUAUUUAUAAUCAUUCUUUUGGUUUUUCAGGAAUAGAAAGAAAAGCAAUUAUCAGGCAAUUUUGAAGCCUGAAGAUGAUUUAAUUUCAUCCGUUAAUUUGUUUAGAGAAAACUUUAAGGUGUAAAUUUCUACAUAUAUUUUGAAAUUUUAGUGUUCUAGCUGCUUGUGAAAA